UCCUAAUCCCUUCUCCUCUCGCCUCCGCCGUAACGUAGCCAACGCCGUCGGCGAAUCGAUGGCGCUCUUAUCCCCCACCCGGUUCCUGCAAAUCCACACCUCCGCCGUCCCCCGCAGCCGCAAACCCUCUCCCUCCGUCUCCUGCUCAGCCGAGAACCCCGACCUCGAUCUCUCCCCCGCCAGAUCUUCCAUCCCUUCCCUCCCCGCCGCCCCCUCCGACCGAAAGAGUAACCUAACCGUCUUCGCCUCCGCCACCGCGGCCAUAUGCGCCGCUGCCGGAGGUGGAUUCCUCUUCCAUUUCUCUUCCCCUCCUCCUCCAUCUGGCGGCGGUAUCGGAGGAGGCGGCGGAGGUUGGGGCUGGGGCAGCGACGGGGGUGGCUUCUGGAACAAUGUCUUUUCCCCUUUACCUGCUUCCGCCAGCGAGGAUGAUCAGGUCAGUGGCGUGGAGUGGGACUCCCACGGACUGCCGGCCAACAUCAUCGUGCAGCUCUCCAAGCUCAGCGGGCUCAAGCGCUACAAGAUCUCGGAGAUCCUCUUCUUUGAUCGUCGUCGGUCCUCCACCGUAGUGGGAACCGAGGAUUCCUUCUUCGAGAUGGUGUCCCUCCGCCCUGGCGGCGUCUACACCAAGGUCCAGCUCCAGAAGGAGCUCGAGAGCCUGGCUACCUGCGGCAUGUUCGAGCGGGUUGACCUCGAUUGCAAGACCAAAGCCGAUGGUACCCUAGCGCUCACGGUUUCCUUUGUUGAGAGCACCUGGCAGGGCGCCGAAAGCUUCCAGUGCAUCAACGUGGGCCUGAUGCAGCAAUCGAAGCAGGUCGAGAUGGAUCUCGACAUGACGGAUAAGGAGAAGCUGGAGUACAUUCGGAUGCAGGAGAGGGACUAUAGGAGGAGGAUCGAACGGUCAAGGUCAUGCCUGCUGCCCGAGCCGGUGCAGGAUGAGGUGGUUUCCAUGCUUCGCGAUCAAGGGAAAGUGACUGCCAGGUUGCUGCAGCGGAUUCGGGAUCGCGUUCAGAGGUGGUACCACGACGAGGGUUAUGCGUGCGCUCAAGUCGUCAACUUUGGGAAUCUGAACACCAGGCAGGUGGUUUGCGAGGUCGUUGAGGGGGACAUUACACAGCUUUCAGUCCAGUUCCUUGAUAAGCUCGGAAAUGUGUGUGAAGGGAAUACACAGCUUGCUGUGAUUCACAGAGAGCUUCCGAAUCAGCUUAGACCAGGACAUGUUUUUAACAUUGAAGCAGGCAAACAGGCUUUGAGAAAUAUCAAUUCACUCUCUCUGUUUUCUAACAUAGAAGUGAACCCUCGUCCCGAUGAAAAGAGUGAAGGAGGAAUCAUAGUUGAAAUCAAGCUCAAAGAACUGGAACAAAAAUCGGCUGAAGUAAGCACAGAAUGGAGUAUAGCACCUGGAAGUUUCGGGCGGCCAACACUGACAUCCAUUCAACCUGGUGGAACUGUUUCAUUUGAACAUAGGAACAUCAAUGGGUUGAACAGAUCUAUAGUUGGUUCUGUGACCUCUAGCAACCUUAUAAAUCCUCAGGAUGAUUUGUCUUUCAAGAUUGAUUAUGUGCAUCCAUAUGUGGAUGGUGUCACCAAUCCUCGAAAUCGUACAUUCCGAGCUAGCUGUUUCAACAGCCGAAAGUUAAGUCCUGUUUUCACUGGUGGACCAGGCGCUGAUGAAGUUCCACCUGUAUGGAUCGACAGGGCGGGAAUAAAAGCAAAUAUAACAGAGAACUUCACCAGACAAAGCAAGUUUACCUAUGGACUUGUGAUGGAGGAGAUUUCAACACGUGACGAAACUAGUAGCGUUUGUACCCAUGGUGUUCGAGCAUUACCAAGUGGUGGUUUGAGCAUGGAUGGACCUCCAACAACUCUCAGUGGUACUGGCACUGACCGCAUGGUAUUUGCACAAGCAAAUAUCACUAGGGAUAACACAAGAUUCAUAAAUGGUGCAGUUGUUGGUCAGCGAGAUGUCUUUCAGUUAGAUCAAGGCCUUGGAAUUGGGAGCAAUUAUCCUUUCUUCAACCGCCAUCAACUCUCAUCAACCCGCUUCAUCCAGUUGAGGUCAGUCGAGGAAGGUGCUGGUAAACUGCCACCACCUAUUUUGGUCAUGCACGGACAUUAUGGUGGUUGCGUCGGAGACCUUCCAAGUUAUGAUGCUUUCACUCUUGGAGGGCCUUACUCUGUUAGGGGCUACAACAUGGGCGAGUUGGGUGCUUGCAGGAACAUCCUUGAGCUCGCUGCAGAAUUGCGUGUCCCCAUAAGAAACACUUACAUAUAUUCCUUCAUCGAGCAUGGAACUGAUCUCGGUAGUUCUAAGGAUGUGAAGGGAAACCCGACUGAAUUCUUCCGCCGAGUAGGGCAUGGCUCAUCGUAUGGUGCUGGCGUGAAGCUUGGGAUGGUGAGAGCAGAGUAUGCAGUCGAUAACAACUCAGGGACGGGUGCAAUAUUUUUCAGGUUCGGAGAGAGGUUCUAGAAAAAUAAAAUCAUGAACAAUAACAAACUCCAGCAUUUAGAUGAUGGAUAGAGGGCAGGAGAGAUUAACAGGCUUUUUUUUCCAGCAUAUUUAAGUUGUUAAUAAGUUUCAUUUUUAUCGACAUGGAACGCAAGAUUAGUAGGGCUUAUAGCUUGGAGUUUGAUGAUAUUUUGCAGGAUAAUGAUAAGCAAGUUGCAUUUUUUUUCAAA